AUGUCAUUGCCUCAGGGACUCAACCACGCCGAAGCCGACAGGCAUGUGAGCCCUGUCGCCGAAAGAAAUCUAAAUGUACUGGAGAGCGACCCGUUUGUUCAUUUUGUGAGCGACUCCAUUUGCCGUAGCCAGAGACAAUCUACAAAAGACAGAGUUCGAACGCUUGAAGCGCAGGUUGCUGCCCUGUCCGAGUUACUCAGGUCAAACGAUGGCGAAGAUGUUCAGGCUAGUGCACAAGCACAGCCACAAGCUUGCACAAGUCAAAACAGGGGUUCCUCUUCACCCACAAUGACCUUCUCAGAGACCCAUCCCGACCCUCCCCAGAGUGUUCUGGAUCACUUCGUACGAAUGUACGAAACAACAGUCCACUUACAACCUCUCCCUCUAUUUGAGCUCGAUAGCCUAAAAGCAAAACUGCAGAAUGCUCCCCAGUACUUCGUGCACAGCUUCUUAGCACUCAUGCUCGCGUUCUCAACACAUGGUUUCUACCACAAGACUCACAAGGUAGCCCUCAAAUUCUACAGCCGCUCUGCAGCAACUACCAUGCAGCGCCUCGCUGCCGAAGGAAAGCCUCGGGUACAAGUCAUCCAGGCUUUAUGCAUGUUGGCACUGAAAUACAUCGCUGAGAGCGAGCUCUCCCGAGCUUGGAUGUCCAUUGGUACAGCGACUCGGCUGGAGAGCAUACGUAAGCUCCGACAGCACGAGAUGACAGACAUCGAGGAACAGGACGAGGAGAACAGGUGUUAUUGGUCCAUCUACAUGAUUGAAGCUAUCUUCUUUCCACAUAUGCCACGGGCUCCUGAGUCUGAUUCGAAUUGCAAGCAUCCAUCCAGCUCGGAACCCCCACCUCCGAUACCUCUUGAUACCAACGAGGCCAAUGCUCUGGAUUUUGACAAUGCAGUUGGCGCGACCAACGAUAUCGGUAUCAAUACCCACGCCGGGAGGAUGAUUGCCGUUUGGAGUCAAGUCGCCUGUCACCUUCAUGAGAUCAGGGUGGGAAAGGUUCAGAUACCUUGGCUGCCUGAGUCAACAUACUCCAAGCUCAAUCUCUCACUAUUUGAGUAUGAAGCCCAAUUUCACCAGAAACAUUUAAUGAGGAGCCUUUUCCCUUUCAAGCGACAGCGGAAUGAGAUAUUGGCUUACCGUCACUACUGGAAUCCGUGGUUGACGACACAUGUCAUUCUACAUGCGUCGCUUGCGCUGCUAAACCAUCCUUUCAUUCAUCUCGUUGCUCUGCGUCGCAAUAAAGGAAUAAGACAAUCUAGGCUGUUCUUACAGCAGGUAGUGGAUCAGGCCUUGUUCCACUCUGGCUGGGUGUUUUGGCUCAUUGGCAUAUUUGAGGAUUUGUCUAUUGAAAUAUCCAAUCCGCUCAUCGGAUUAGCCGUCGCAGCGACGUCUACCAUUCCAUGGCUUUAUCAGUUCGUAAGGAAUAGCAAGGUGGCUCGGAAAGCUGCUCAGAAUCUGGCCAAGGCACAAAGGUUCCUUGAGCACUUGUCGCAAACUUGGCCAUGUGUGUCUCACAAGCUUAAGAGUCUCAGCCGACUACAAUCACUUGUUAUAGGACCUCAAGCGGAGGUAGGCAUCACUGAUACAACGAUCAGCUUUUCCCCUUCUAUGAUAUGGGAGCUUCUCGAUCCUAUCGUUCACGAAGCUGCAUUGCCCAGCGACAAUCACGGGUCGCCUCCGGAAAGUCAAUCGCACGUGAGCAUACAUGUUACCACCGACUUUCUGCACCCUCUGGCCGAUGACGAUGUUGCCCAUGCGUCGUCGAGCGAAGUCAACUGGGAAGAGAAUUUCAUGUAUGGAAGUGACUUACUACCAGACAUGUACCCUGCAACUUUGGUACCUUUCGACUUCAACGACCUUUGA